ACCUAUAAAACCUAAAUGCUCAUCAUCAACGACACCAACACCGACACCGUCAUGUUGUCAAUUACGUGGUAGUCCAGGGUGGAAUGACAAGAAUCAUUUACCUGGUUCUGUAGCUAGUAUAGUUACAAAUGACAAAACCCCGCAAGAUUGCUGUAAAGCAUGUAUAGCGGAUACGAAUUGUUUUCAAUGGGCUUUUAAUGAGGUUUUUUGUCAUACGUACCAUGACCUCGAUAAUACUUGUUCAACAGAAACCAUAUCGCUAAGCGCAUCUAAUGCGGAAGGUGGUAUUAUUCGUUGUAAUGAUGGCAGUGGCA